AUGUGCGCAGCCGCAGCGACACCUCUCAAGACCUCACUCGUGUUUACACUAUCCUCCAAGGUGGAGAUUCCAGAGGAAUCAGGGAGAGUGACCAAGUACAAUGUUAGAUUGGUUGUUGCGAAGCGUGCCAACUUGCAAGAACUUAUGCAGGCGCUGAAGUACAAACCAGGAGAGAAGCGGAAAGAGAUACCACAGUCCAUUAGUCAGAUGUUAGAAGUUAUGUUUGGACAUAACUCGAGCAUUAAGUUUGUAAAGGUUGGCCGCAACAAUUUCUUCCCAAUGGGUGGAGAGUUUGGCAGGCCAUUUGACAUUGGGGGAGGCAAGGAGGGUGUGACCGGCUUCUUCAGCUCUCUACGACCUGCUGCCUGGAAAGAUGGCUCUCUCCUGCUGAACAUUGAUGAUGGAAUUAAUCCAUUGAACCAGAAUAACGUUGUAGUCAUGUCACAGAGAAAUUUGAGUCGAAGGGUGGAGAUUCCAGAGGAAUCAGGGAGAGUGACCAAGUACAAUGUUAGAUUGGUUGUUGCGAAGCGUGCCAACUUGCAAGAACUUAUGCAGGCGCUGAAGUACAAACCAGGAGAGAAGCGGAAAGAGAUACCCAGUCCAUUAGUCAGUUGGCCGCAACAAUUUCUUCCAAUGGGUGGAGAGUUUGGCAGGCCAUUUGACAUUGGGGGAGGCAAGGAGGGUGUGACCGGCUUCUUCAGCUCUCUACGACCUGCUGCCUGGAAAGAUGGCUCUCUCCUGCUGAACAUUGAUGUUGCAAAUACAUCGUUCUACAAAGAGCAACCUGUCAUCGAUUUUCUGAUGGAGACACUUCGCCUGCAGGCCCAGGACCUCAACCAAACCCUGAAACCCUAUCACAAAAAGUCACUCAGAAAAGAGCUGAAGAACUUAAAGGUCCAGGUGACCCAUUCCCUUGUACCAAGAACAUACAGAGUGAGAGACAUUGGAGAACUUGGUGCAGAUCGCCAGACAUUUAUGCUAACAAACCCAGAAACACAACAGGGAGAAAAAUGUUGUCUGUUUAUGAAUUAUUUCUCAAUGCGCUACCAGAUGCGUCUGAGGUUCCCAAAGCUGAACUGUCUGAUGGUGGGACCACAAAAUAGAAAUGUGUAUGUUCCCAUGGAGGU